AUGGCUUCUGCACAGAACAACACCGCUCAAGACGCUGCGCGUACUACCUCGCGCAUCCCCAUUCCCACGCAGUCCAUCGACUGGUCGAGAAAGGUCACCCCAGCAUGGGAGCGUGUCCUCGCGGACAAGAACAGUGACGUUUCCGAUCUCAGCACUGUCAACGACGCGAUACACCUCGUGUCCCAACAAGCCGCAAGCCUCCCCGACUGUGAGACUAAGAUAGCCAUCGCUACCCAACUCGCCCUCGUACAACCGAUCGUCGAGGUGCAACUAUCUAUCAAGCGCGACGAGAUAACGACGACGCAGAAGAUCAUCUCCGACCUAAAGGCGGAGAGUGUUGUACCAAAGACUGCCAAGAGCCAGCAGGGUAUCAUCCUGCAGCUAAUGCAGGUUUUGAACAGUGCGGAUUCCAAGAUGAAGGUUGGCGAGUUGUUGGAGCGGUUACAAGGUAACCUGAUAAGUGCUCGAGAUCGUCAACCGGAUAACGAGAAGACUGUUGCCGGUACUGAUCGCACAAAGCUUGCCGACCAGAAACAGCUUGCCACCAAGGCUGCGAAGUCAAAAGCAUCCACCAACCGCCAGGAGCCCACUACUGCGAGAGACAACAGCCGCAUAAGGCCGCGUGUCGCUUCCACAAAACCUUCCGUUGCUGAAAGGCACACCGAUACGAAGUCGAAGCCCACUCACACCACCAAGGAGGCUCUGGCUACACAACCUCGCCCGUUAACGGAUUCGACGAACCGCACGAAGACGUCUGCGGCCGCAAAGCCAGCUGCUCCCAAGGUGACAGGUACUCAGCGUCCAAUGGGCUGGGUUCAGCCAGCGGCUGAAGCAAACAAGAAGAUCCGGUACCGUAUUGUUGGACAGUCGGUGUCAAAGAAGACUGCGUCCGCUGUAGGAGUAGCCGCAAAGCAAGAGCAUUCCGCAAGGAAGGUUGUGAGAGUUGAAGCGGCCAACGAGAAGAAGGAGCCCAAGAGCCGAGCAGUAGCUAGGGAGAUUCGUGUUGAGAAGCAGGAGCCAGUGAACGAUGCUAGUGCGACCUCGACCAACCACAACCACAAGAGCGGCUCCACCGAGUCUAAGAAGGACGACUCCAGCUCUCUGGCACGAACUACAAAGGCGGCACACCACGACGGUUACCUCGGCCUGCGGAAAGAAGGUGAGAAGGGUGUCGCAAGAAGGGUAGUGACAUCCAAGAAAGAGUCCUCCCGAGAGAAGCAGAGGAGCGCUCAAAGGUCAGGUGUUAUCGUCUCAAAGGGUGUCGACAAGGAGUCUACUUCCGACGAUGUCAUCAUCUACAACAAUGACGGGGACAACUCGACUAGCCUGCAAGACACCAUAGACACAUCCAAAGUUCAGAUACAGCAAAAUGAGGCUGCGACAUCAGAUGUUUCCUUAGACAAGCAAGCCCUCUACCUCCAGGAGGCGGGCGUAGAUGUAAGCAACAUCAUCUUCGGAUCGCGCCGUAGGGGCUCUAGUGGUGAAUCCACGCCUCUCGAUAACUCUAAUCGCACUGGCGCGAUAUCCAGUCCUAGGAUAAAGCGUAAGCGCGGUCUUGGUGACGAUGGAUCUGCUCCAUCGAAGAAGAUUCUACUUGGCCGCAACAUCGCGGUUCCCAGGACUCGCCUUCCUGCGCCAACUGUAGACGUCGAUAUGAUGGACCUCGACUCCACGCCCACGCAAGCCGCCCCUCUCGUUACCAUGCCCCCUUCCGAUCGCCCACGAAUGGCUAUGCCUACCGCAUGCGACCCAGAUGAGGAGUUGUAG